AUGGCUCAACGACUCACACUCCGAAGGCGUCUGCCGUACAACACCAACUCCAACCGCCGAAGAAUUGUGAAGACUCCAGGCGGAAGAUUGGUGUACCAAUACAAGAAGAAGUUAGGAUCAGUCCCCAAAUGUGGAGAUUGCAAAAUUAAAUUGUCUGGAAUAACCCCCACCAGACCAUGUGAUAGACCACGCCUGUCAAGACGUUACAAGACGGUGAACAGAGCUUAUGGAGGAUCUCGAUGCCACAAAUGUGUCAGAUCAAGGAUCAUCCGGGCUUUCUUAAUAGAAGAACAGAAGAUAGUAAUGAAAGUGUUGAAAGCACAGGCCAGCCUCAAGAAAACUGCAUAA